AUGACUGGCUCAUCAUCUCAAUUUCAACAACUUGAAAAAUUAGGAGAAGGAACAUAUGCAACAGUAUAUAAAGGACGAAAUAGAGCUACUGGGGCACUUGUGGCAUUGAAAGAAAUUAAUUUGGAUCCAGAAGAAGGUACACCAUCAACUGCAAUAAGAGAAGUAUCAUUAAUGAAAGAAUUAGAUCAUGAAAAUAUUGUAACAUUAUAUGAUGUUAUACAAACUGAAAAUAAAUUAACUUUAGUAUUUGAAUAUAUGGAUAAAGAUUUAAAAAAAUAUAUGGAAGUUCAUGGAACAAAUGGAGCAUUAGAUUUAAAAAUUGUUAAAAGUUUUAUGUUUCAAUUAUUAAAAGGUAUAAUGUUUUGUCAUGAUAAUAGAGUAUUACAUAGAGAUUUAAAACCUCAAAAUUUAUUAAUUAAUAAUAAAGGGGAAUUAAAAUUAGGAGAUUUUGGAUUAGCAAGAGCUUUUGGAAUUACUUUUAAUACUUUUUCAAAUGAAGUUGUUACUUUAUGGUAUAGAGCACCUGAUGUAUUAUUAGGAUCAAGAGCAUAUACUACUUCAAUAGAUAUUUGGUCAGCUGGUUGUAUAUUUGCGGAAAUGUGUACUGGAAAGCCAUUAUUUCCAGGAACUGCUAAUGAAGAUCAAUUAAUUAAAAUUUUUAGAUUAAUGGGUACACCAAAUGAAAGAACUUGGCCAAAUAUAAGUUCCUAUUCAAAUUAUAAAAAUAAUUGGCAAAUUUUUGUACCUCAAGAUUUAAGAUUAUUAGUACCAAAUUUAGAUUCAAUGGGAUUAAAUUUAUUAACUAGUCUUUUACAAAUGAGACCAGAAUCAAGAAUUACUGCAAGACAAGCUUUACAACAUCCUUGGUUUCAUGAAAUUAUAUUACCUAAUCAUCCACUUCAUCAUCAUUUAAGUGAUCCUUAUCAACAACAACAACAACAACAUCACAAUCAACAACAUCAUCAGCAACAUCAACAUCAACAACAACAACAACAACAACAACAUCAAGUACAUCAUCCACAACACCAUCCUCAUCAACAACAACAUUCACAACAUCAACAACAACAUCCACAUCAACCUAUAAUUGAUCAACAAUAUUGA